UCCGCAGGCGCGAGCACGUCGCGACCCUGCCGUGUUGCGGAACGGGAGGCGGGCUCGGGGGCGGGGCCUCGCCUGCACAAAUGGGACGAAGGGGCGGGGUGCCCACAGUUUCGCGCCAAGCUUUGCCCGGACUCCAGGUGUGAGGGGCCAGCUCGGAGGGGUUUACUGUUGCUAUCAUGGUUCGUCCGCUAAACUGCAUUGUCGCUGUGUCCCAGAACAUGGGCAUCGGCAAGAACGGAGACCUACCCUGGCCCCCGCUCAGGAAUGAAUUCAAGUAUUUCCAAAGAAUGACCACGACCACAACCUCUUCAGUGGAAGGUAAACAGAAUUUGGUGAUUAUGGGUAGGAAGACCUGGUUCUCCAUUCCUGAGAAGAAUAGACCUUUGAAAGAUAGAAUUAAUUUAGUUCUCAGUAGAGGACUCAAAGAACCCCCACAAGGAGCUCAUUUUCUUGCCAAAAGUCUGGAUGAUGCCUUAAAACUUAUUGAACAACCAGAGCUGAGAAAUAAAGUAGACAUGGUUUGGAUAGUAGGAGGCAGUUCUGUUUACAAGGAAGCCAUGAACCAGCCAGGCCACCUGAGACUGUUCGUGACAAGGAUCAUGCAGGAAUUUGAAAGUGACACGUUUUUUCCAGAAAUUGAUUUAGAGAAAUAUAAACGUCUUUCAGAAUACCCAGGUGUUCUUUCUGAUGUCCAGGAAGAGAAAGGCAUUAAGUACAAAUUUGAAGUAUAUGAAAAAAAAGAUUAAUAUGAAGGCAUUUGUUGAUUUAUUUCAAGUUGCUCUCUUCCUCUCCAAAAAAUAUGUAUUGUAACGUUAGAGAAAAAAGACUUCAUUGACUUUAGAUCUAUGGAUGAUUGUUUCUAAGCAGCAUUUUUUUGUUCAUUGUUUGUUUUUUCCUCCAUUGCUCCUAAACAGGCCAUAUCAGAUACCAUUUAUGACAUAUCUCUUGUUAUAACUACUAAAUGUAGUUAAAUCCCUCAAGGGCCAGAAUUGGGUCUAUACCCGAGACAGCCAAAAGUGAGAGAGUCCCCUGGUAGCAUGAAUUGAAAUCAGGGCCCAUAGAGAUCGGAGCUAGACAGAUUAAAUGGUGGAAAUCCAUUACAAAUAGAAGAGCCGCAACUCAGAUUUUAAACAAAAGUUGUAUUAAAAUAGGGACUGUGAAUUAUUCUGAGUAAAUCAUACUUCUGAUUAAAGUUCUGUUCACUUAGACAGGGUAUCAGUGAGUUGAGAACUCCAGUAUAUUCAGUAGGGACAGUAAAACAGCAGGUAGGAGGCUAACUUUUUGAUGAUAAAAAGAGAAAAAAGGUCUGAGACCUUUAAAAAUUCUGUUUUUGAUCUUUGGUGAAAUUCCAUGGGAUGUUGCAAUGAUAGAACAAGAAUAGUCUGCUCUUUUCCAAAAAAAAAAAAAAAAGGAAUCUAAUAGCAAGCAUAAUGAGUAAUGAGUUAAGAAUAGAUAUUGCUUGAAACCAGAAUUAGUAAGUUAGAAAGUAAACUUCACGAAAUGAAAAUUAUUUUUCACCCAUUGUGUUGGCAAAGGUUAAUUAUUAUGAUAUCCAAAGAAAUAGCUUUUUUCUGUAUUGUAAAUUGUUACAACCAUUUUAAAGUAUAAAUUAACAAUAUCAAAAUUCAAAUGUUCUGGUUUUGAACCCAGAAAUUCCACUUCUAAAAAUCAAUUUGGAACAAAGAGAUGGGCUCAAGAAUAUUUACUGAAGCAUUUUUUAAAACUUGGAAAUAGCCCAACAUGUUAAUCAGUAAAGAAAUGAUCAAUCAUUGUAUCUUUAAAAUUUAAUAUUCUGCAGCAGUUAAAAAGAAUGAGAUACUGACAGAAAAAUGCCAAAGACUGCUAAGUGAAAGAAGCAAAUUGUGUACAGUGCCCAGAAUUUUUAAUAAAUAUUAAUAUGUGUAGAAAAAA